AUGAGGUUCACAAACGCUUUUCUUCUGGCCACUCUCGCGUCGGCGAGUAGUACCAUUUACUCUGAAAUUCUCUUACAGGACAUCGAAUAUGCCAUUGAAACCUUCAGCUCGAGGAUGAUCCAGAACAGGCAAGACAUCAACAUCGACAAGGUCAUGACGGCUGUCAGUGAACUCGCACCACAGCUUCAAGUCAGCGUCGACGAACUGGAAAAAUCUAAAAUUAGCGGAUCGGAGCAUAAUAAAAAUCUUCUUGCGCUCGGUCGGAGUUUCCACGGAACUGGCCGCUUCAUCAGGGUAAAUGUCGUGACCAAGAAGCCAAUGGUCCAAGCGCAUGGGCGCUGUCAAGAUAUGGAACGUGCCAUCGACGAUAUUCAAGUCCAAUUCUAUAGGCUCGGCCUUUACAUCAACGGCACGGUGGCUGCGGAAGACACGGCCAAUGUCUCGUCGUAUACUGAGAAGAUUCUCGGGGAACUGAACAUUGCUAAGGGGGAGUUUACGAAAGAUAAAUGUUUCAAUGCUAAGCCUUCCUCCACCUAG